UUUUAUUGUCACACAUACCCCGAAGUUGGAUUUCUUGAGUUGGUAAGGUCUAAUAUGGUUGAUGACUCACCUCACAAUACUUGCCUUCCCUUCAUGUUCGCUGAAGCUUAUGACCUCCAUCUCAGUACUCAUAAAGAUGAUCUUUUAUUUAUUUCUUUAGCUACCAGAGAUUGGGCAUUCUAGAAUUUGUCUACCCCUUGAUCUGGGGUGAGAAAGAAUUACUCAGUGUUGCUAAGAGAUGCCUCCUGUUGAAGCCAUUUUCACUGCUUUCAGUACCAUGGACCUCUCUUGCAGGAUAGCUUCUGGCUAAACUACUUUAUGGUGUUCUAUUUAGGUUGAUUCUAAUGGUUUGCCUGUUUGCUGUUCUACCCUAUGGUGGAUGCAAUUCAGAAUUGUGGUGGCCAGAAGACGGCUGAUGGCAGGCGUUUCCGAAAAGGCGGUGGGAUAUUAUGGAGCAUCCUUAAAGUGCGAGAUCCAAAUGCUUACAAAGAGAUAAUGAAGAAAGGGCAGGAGUUUGAGAAGCAAUUUAAGCAGGCUAAGCUCAAGCAAGAACCGCUUCCAAAUAACGAAGCUUCUUUUGAGAGAUCUAGCCAGACCACUGUGGGAGACAAAACUACAGCCAAUUCUAAAGAUGUUUUGCUGCAACAAGUUCCUGUUGAGCAGUCAAAAAGUGGAGCCAAACGUGCAUCUGUUCAUGACAGAAUAAGGGUGCCCAUCACGUAUGAUGAUAUAUUUGAAGGAAUUGAUGAAGGAAGGGAAUCAAGGGAUCCAUUGGCUUAAUACCUUUUGAAAAAUCGCUCAUAUGAUAUGGUGGAAUGAGGCGAUCUGAAAGAUGUAUAAAACUCAAUGCGAGUGGCAUAUGCCGAUCAGCUUAGACUAGGGGACUGAAAUGAAUCAACUUGAUUUUUGAUAAAGCCUUCUAUGGGGUUUCAAGUUGAAUUUCACUUGUGAACUCCUAGAUCCCGUGGAACUGUUCCCUUUCAUUUUGUUCAUUCUUAUUCAGAGUAAAUACAUACCUUUGCUGUGGCCCGAAAUUGUUCCAAAUCAAAUUAACAUUUUGAAAUUUCUUAUAAGAAUGGAAAGAAGUCGUUGCUUGCUAGCAUUA